GCGCUGUCGCGUCCGCGGCGGGGCCAGGCGCGGCGAUGCCGGCGGCGGGCUCGGAGGGGGAGGAGGGCCCGGCGGCGGCCGGCGGGGAGGGCGCGGGGCCCGGCUGCGGCCCGGCGGGGGAGCAGGCCGGCCCCGGCACCCCCAAGCUCUGCGGGUACCUGCAGAAGCUGUCGGGCAAGGGGCCACUGCGCGGGUUCCGCAGCCGCUGGUUCGUCUUCGACCCCCGCCGCUGCUACCUCUACUACUUCAAGGGGCCGCAGGAGGCGCUGCCCCUCGGGCACCUCGACAUCGCCUCCGCCUGCUUCAGCUACCACCAGCCCGAGGCCGCCGCCGCCGCGGGGGACGAGGCGGCCGCCUUCGAAGUGCACAGUCCCAACGGCGCCGUCGCCGUGCUGAAGGCUGCAACUCGUCAGGAUAUGACGUACUGGCUUCAGGAGCUUCAGCAGAAGAGGUGGGAAUAUUGUAACAACCUUGAUGCAGCAAAAAGGGACAGCCGAACUUCCCCUACACCGAGUGACUUUUCCAAAGGUCUUGUUGCCAAAGACAACCCUGAUUUGAGUAUCCUAAGUCAAAAUGCUUCAGCAGAGAGAGCUAGAAAUAUUCUAGCUGUGGAGACUUCUCCUACAGACCUGGUGGGGGAACAAGCAGCUUCCCAACCUGCACCGGUCCAACCAAGUGCCAUCAAUUUCUCACUUAAACAAUGGAGUACCGAAAUCAAAAAUUCAAUGUCCUCUUUAAGAAAAGGAAAUAACGAAAACCGCAAGAGCAUAUUUUAUACCACCGAAGAGUGGGAAUUGCUGGAUCCAACCCCAAAAGACUUGGAGGACUCAAUGGCUCUGGAAGAAAAGAGGAAACACCUGGGAGAAGGAAGUAAAGGACUGACUAGUUCAGCUUUUCCAUUCGAUUUUGGCCGCAUUCCACACAAAACAAGGCGCCCGUUAAAAGACAUGAUUGGAUCAAGCAAAAACCGGAACAGCAGUGAAUCUUCUCCAACCGAGUGGUAUUCUGGUAAUGGCAACAAACUAGUCUCUGAACUGCAACUGAAGUAUCAAAGCCAGCAAGAAGAGUUGGAAAAGCUAAAGAAAGAUCUUUUGAGCCAAAAGGAACUUGUGCGACUUCUGCAGCAAACAGUCCGAUCUUCCCAAUAUGAUAAAUAUUUUGCAAGCCGUCUUUGUGAGGGGGUUCCCAAAGACAAAUUAGAGCUGUUGCACCAAAAAGAUGACCAGAUUUUGGGUCUCAACAACCAGCUUGAAAAGUUAAAUCUGGAAAAAGAUAGUCUCCAGCAGGAAGUAAAGAAUCUGAAAUGUAAAGUUGGAGAACUCAAUGAGCAGCUGGGUAUGUUGAUGGAAACUAUUCAAGCUAAAGAUGAAGUGAUCAUGAAACUCUCUCGUCAACUCAGUGAAUGUGAGGGCAAUACAUCCUCUCAAAGUGGAGGAGUAAAUUCUUCCGUGGUCACCUGUACGAAUAAGGAACUACAGGAACUGGACAGACUAAAAGACAAUCUUCAGGGUUAUAAGACCCAGAAUAAAUUUUUAAAUAAGGAGAUUUUGGAACUUUCUGCUCUACGAAGAAAUGCAGAAGCAAGAGAGAGAGAAUGGCAGGCAAAGUAUAUUAGCUUGGAAGCCAAACUCUGUCAGAUAGAAAGUAAAUACUUGAUCUUGCUUCAAGAAAUGAAAACUCCUGUUUGUUCUGAGGAGCAGAGUCCUGCUCGUGAGGUCAUCACACAGUUACUGGAAGAUGCCUUGAAAGCAGAAACUAGUGAACAACCAGAACAAGCAUUUUUCAAACCGCACCUGGUGAGUGAAUAUGAUAUAUAUGGCUUUCAGACAGUCCCAGAGGAUGAUGAUGAGGAGAAACUAGUAGCAAAAUCACGAGCUUUGGACCUGAGAUCGCUUUCUCUCAGUGAAAAUCGAGAGAUCUCCACAGGCGUAAAAUGGGAAAACUAUCUUGCAAGCACAAUGAAUAGAGAGAUGAUGCGCUGUGUAGAACUAAAGAAUCUUAUUCGAUCGGGAAUUCCACAUGAACAUCGUUCCAAGAUGUGGAAAUGGUGUGUCAAUCUCCAUGUUAAAAAAUUCAAGGACAGCACUGUUCCUGGGUACUUCCAAACCUUGCUUCAGAAUGCUCUGGAAAAACAAAAUCCUGCAUCCAAACAAAUUGAGUUGGAUCUUUUGAGAACUUUGCCAAACAACAAACAUUAUUCCUCUCCAACAUCCGAAGGGAUCCAGAAGCUGCGAAAUGUGCUGCUGGCAUUUUCGUGGAGAAAUCCUGACAUAGGAUAUUGCCAAGGGCUCAACAGAUUGGUAGCAAUUGCACUUCUGUACUUGGAACAGGAAGAUGCCUUUUGGUGUCUAGUAACAAUAGUGGAAGUUUUCAUGCCUCGUGACUAUUAUACUAAGACGCUGUUAGGAUCUCAGGUUGAUCAGCGAGUAUUCAAGGAUUUAAUGAGUGAGAAGCUUCCACGACUGCAUGCUCAUUUUGAGCAAUACAAAGUUGACUACACUCUUAUAACUUUCAACUGGUUUCUCGUGGUAUUUGUGGACAGUGUGGUUAGCGACAUCCUUUUUAAAAUCUGGGACUCCUUCCUAUAUGAGGGACCAAAGGUAAUAUUCCGAUUUGCCCUGGCACUUUUUAAAUACAAAGAAGAGGAAAUCUUAAAACUGCAAGAUUCGAUGUCCAUUUUCAAGUACCUUCGAUAUUUCACACGCACUAUACUUGAUGCCAGGAAACUGACUGGUAUUGCUUUCGGGGACCUGAAUCCUUUUCCAUUACGUCAGAUCAGGAACCGGAGGACCUAUCACCUGGAGAAAGUGCGUCUUGAACUAACUGAACUAGAAGCCAUUCGUGAGGAUUUCCUGCGUGAACGAGACACGUGUGUAGAAAAAAGAGACCUUAUUAGUGAUGAUGAGGAGGAUAGUUGAAACUACUCAACAUAAACUUUUCUUUGGGAUUGUGACCAAAGUGAGUUAACCUCCAAAACACUUUAUUAAUCCUGUCAAACAGAAUGUAAAUGAGUUGCUUUUGGAAAUAUGCAGGACAGAUUUCCAAACCCCAGCACUUUCAGAAAUACUGCUUUGUAUGGAGGCCAAACACUUCUGUUUACAUUUAUGUUUGUGGAAUUGUAUGUAGAGCACUUACUUUCUGUCUCAGUUUAGUCAAACAGCUGAAUUGCCAGUUGGUUUCCUGCAGUGCGCUGUUAGUGCCUGUAUGUGAAACAGGAGUAAGAAAAGUCCAUACUCUGUUUACCACAUUCAUUGCCAUUCCGCAUUUUUUGAUGUAAUCAUGUUUUUUUGUAGUGCAGGUUCAGUGUGGGAGGACAUCACAUUUUUUGGUUCCAAUAAAUAGCUUUCAUCAUGUUGUUCUUGAAUAAACUAGCCAUUCUCCAGGUCACAAACUAGAAAGUAUGGGAUGAAGCACGGGAAGAACUUUUACAUUCCUUUGUCUUUUUCUGAAGUGACAUGAAAGGAAUCAUCAGACAGAACACUUGAAUAUAUGUACUUAAAAUAAAGGUAAAAUAAGUACCUAUUUGUCACUAAAUGUUCAGUGUAUACUGAAACAGUAAUAUCAAACAUCACUUAUGCUUUUCUGGGCAGCUGUGUUGAUAAAGAGUUUUGUUAAUGCAAAGGGGUUUAUAGGUCAAAUUCUGUUUAGUCACUUUUAUUUCUGUUCACUUUUUUGAUUGCAAUGUCUCUAAAAAGCCACAACCAAAAACCAGCUAUUAUGGAAGAAGAAUGCCACAGGAGUACCAUGUUUUAGUAUGUAAUUAGUUGUGUAUCUUUUGAAGGCAUUUUUUAAUUAUUAUUAUUUUAAUGCUUGUUCCUAUUUAGGGCUUACAAUAAGAUGAAGUCUUGAUCUUUAAGAAGAAACAUAGCAUUCUUUUUGCAUGAAUGUAUAACUAUUGUACAAUAGCAGUAGUGAUAGGAUUCCUAAACCGGAUAUUUAUCAAUCAAUCAAAGGGGCCUAAAGAUCACAGUGUGCACGCCAGAAUUCAAGAUCCUUUUCCAGCAGAAAAAUGCAAGAUUCUCUUGAUGUGCUCAGCUUUGCUCCGAGUGUUGCAUGCACAUCCUACAAGAUGGCUGUAAGGAAACGUGGGGUGUUUGGCUGUGGUGUUUCUGACUAUGGAAGUGUGACUGGAGCCCGUUCUUUCUCAUUUGAUUACUAGGAAUACUCAAACGGUUCUGAGGAUGAGGAAGGCUAUUCUCUGGACUUUUGCAGUGUUCUUUCUUGAGCUGUCGGAUCUUCAGAAUGUUGGAUUGACUUAAAUGUUGUGUCUGGAUGUGUCACGAUAAAACCAGCAUUCAGAUACUAGGCAGCAAAUCACUCAGCUCUGGAGAAGUGGUUAAUUGGCAAAAAACUUGGUCGGGAGUUGUCAUGUGCAUUGAGCUUCUACUUUGUGUAUUUUCUUUCUGUUUUUUUUUUUUUCUGAGAAAAAGUAGGACUUCUUUAUCAGGUAUACUCAUGUAAUUGUUUUAGAAAACUUAAGCAUGUACAGGGAGAAAUCCUACUUCUGUUUCACAGCACUUUUUUUUUUUUUUUUUUAAAAUGUAUUUGUAGCCUUCUCUGAAUAAGUGUAUUAUCAGUCAAUUUAUCUGGAAGGGAAAUAUUUAAUCAGUGGUGAACAUUGUAACUUACAGGACUACUUUUGAUAGAAAAUGUGUGCUUCUUCGUAUAUGACAUAUAAUUUUUAAUUAGACAACAAAUCCUUGCCCAUGAGGGACACAUGGUAUGAUCAUCUUGGUUUGUUCUGUUAGUGUCUUCUUAAAUGUCCCCUACCUUGUCUGUUGUAAGCAGCAGUUUGGGGGUUUUUUUAUUCCCUAGUUACUCUUGGUCAUGUACUUGAGUUUAUUAGGCAGGUUUUUCAUAUUAUUGCAUGUACUGUAUUUUUUUUUUUA